GCCGACCGAAAGCUGUAGUAGUGAGCCUGUGAUAAACUUGAGGAUGACAGCGAGCCUGUCAAGACUUGUGCCUGACCUUCGUAUCGUCUGAAAGAACGGGCCAAGCUUUUGUUCGUAGUUGUAGCAGCCAUCCAGCUCCCCUGUCUGACGGGAAGAAGGUUGAUGUAAUGUUCACGCAGUCCAUCAGUAUGAUACUACAUUACUGACGGGCCCUAUAGUCAACAUUAGCCGGUGGCAUGGCUAUAAAUAUGUCACACUCAUUUCAAGUGAUGAAACUAUUCGUUAGACAACUUUUGGGUAUCUGACGGAGUGCCGGCUUUUAUCACACACGAGGCUCAGAGGACUUCGUUACCAUGGUAACCACUGCAGACUCACGUGCUUCCUUGCACUGAUUUGCCUCCAUUCACCAGCGCGAGGAGACUCUGCACCAAUACAAACAUGAAGAACGCCGCAAAAACGCUGCUGUUUGCUUUGACCCUGGUCUGUACAAUGUUCCUGAUUUACGUCGUAUACCCUGCUAUUUCCAGGCGUUACCUUCUACGCCCAGUAGACAAUACGGCUUUCCAGUCCGAUCAUUGGCACGGUAGACCAGAGGAAACUGUCCUGGCUCGCUAUGAGGAGAUACUAGCUGACUACCACAGACUGCUGACGGCUAUUCCAAGACACACGUUCAAACCUUCAGAGCUCUUCAGGGAAACAGGACCGCCAUUAUCGUCUGUUCUUAAAAAUAGGGCGUCUAAAGGGUCAGAUUCAGGUCUCAAACGAAUUCUUGCUUGGACCCCGUUUUUCGGAGCGGCGGACUGGAUACCGAAAACAAUGUGUGAUGGGACGAAAAAAUGUGUAAGUACGUCCGACAAGAAUGAUUUAGAAAUCAGCGAUGGCAUUGUGGUCCAUCCUAGAGACUUGAGCGACUUGCCCCCUGUGCGACUGCCCCAUCAAAGGCUUAUCUAUCUGAUUCAGGAGUCUCCGUGGGCAACGGGCAUUGAUGUCAGCGGGUAUAAUGGCGUAUUUAACUGGACGGUAACAUACCGACUGGACUCCGACAUCCCGUUCCCUUUCUUCGUCACAACGGCUAAAGAUAAACUCAUGCCCGAAGCUGAAUUCAACCAAACUAUGCAGACCAUACUCCAAUCAAAGACCAAAAUCAUUGCCUACAUGAAUAGUAAUUGUCACGCGUCGCACACGAAGAGACUGGAAUUUCUUUAUGAUUUGAAAGCCUACUUAAACGUGGAUGUUUAUGGCGCCUGUGGAAAUCUCGAAUGCCCGAGACAAUCCGAUGUUUGCACGAAAACUAUGUCACAGUAUAAGUUUUAUUUAUCAAUGGAGAAUUCCCAUUGCAGAGAUUAUUUAACGGAAAAAGUAACCGAGCCCUUAUUACAAUGGAACGCGGUGCCUGUAGUCAUGGGUGGGGCGGAUCCUUCAGACUACGAAAAAAUCUUGCCGCCAAAUUCGUAUAUCCAUACGUCGGGAUUUAACUCAGCUCGUGAUCUAUUUGAAUACCUUAUUCUGCUGGACAAAAACCCAUCCCUGUACGCCAAGUACCACUAUUGGCGGCGAACUCACGUUGGCAAUGCGGAAAGCAGUUGGUGUAAUCUCUGCCUAGCUUUGCACAACGCAUCUUUGCCUGUACAGACGUAUUCUGAUUUCAGUGACUGGUACAGGCAGGAUACAUGUGUUCCUUAAUUUCAGGGCUGAAACAGAUGUGUGUACCGACUUCUGAAAAAGAAGAUACAUGCGUACUCUGAUUACAGAGCUGAAACAUAUGUGCGUAGCAGCUCCUAAAAGAGGAGGUACAUGUGUUCCUUGAUUACAGUAUUUAAACAGAUGUAUGUCCCGGAUUGAAUAUGUGAAGAUACAUGUGUUUUUCGAUAACGUGGAUGGAACAGAUUUGUGUGCCGGGUUGUAAGUGAGAAGGUACAUGUGUUCCUUUAUUACAGGGAUGGAACAGGGUUUUUUUUUCCCUAACUGUUAGUGAGAAGAUACAUGUGUUCCUUGAUUACAGUGAUGGAACAGAUAUGUGUGCCGGAUUGUAAGUGAGAAGAUACAUGUGUUCCUUGAUUACAGUGAUGGAACAGAUGUGUGUGCCGGAUUGUAAAAGAUAAGAUGCAUGUGUACGCUGGUUACAGAUAUGUGUACCGGCUUUUUAAAAAAAAUACGUAUGUUCGGUGAUAUAAAUGUAUAUGUGUACCGGUUUUCAAAAGAGAAGAUUGGUGUGUGUGCUGCCCUCAUUACUCAGCUGAAGUUGUUCUGGCCGUAACAGAUGCCUGUGUGCGUCAAGAAUACAGAGCAGGGUUAGGUAUGUGUGCAGACUGUAACAAAUGAGAUACGUGUGUGCCUUUGAACAUAACAGUGUGUUUGUGCAGGCUGUAACAGAAAAGAUGUGUGCCCUGAUCACAGAACCGAGUGAACUAUAUAUGCAGGCCAUAACAGGUGAUAGAUUAUACCAAUAUGUGCAUGCUGUAACAAAGAAGUUACGUGUGUACGAUGGUUACAAAAUAGGUAAUAGCAAUCUGUCCAUGCUGUAACAGACCAUAUACGUGAGUGGGCUAGUUACAGAAUAGGUGAGAAAAAUGUGCAUAUGCUGUGAUACAUCAGAUACGUGUGUGCCCUGGUUACAGAACAGGUGAUAGCAAUGUGUGCAUGCUGUAACACACCAGAUACACACCUGGUUACAGAACAGGUGAUAGCAGUAUGUUCUUGCUGUAACAGAGAAGAUACGUGUGUCCCUUGGUUACAGAACAGAUGAUAGCCAGAUGUAUGCAUACUGUAACAGUGAAGAUUUGCAUGUGCCCUGUUUACGGAGUUCAGUUAACGAUGUGUACAGGGUACAAGGAAAAUUACACAAAGAGAACACAUGCGUAUGCCUUGAUGACAGAAUGAGAACACACGCGUGUGCCUUGAUGACAGAAUGAGAACACACGCGUGUGCCCUGAUUACAGAAUGAGAACACACGCGUGUGCCCUAAUUACAGAACAGUAAUAAUAAAUACAGUUUACUAUUAUUUGUAUUUAAAAAACACUACAUGUAAAAAUUCAUUAAUACUAAUAUUUAAUUAGUAUUAACAUCUAACGCAUUCCGGUACAACCACUGGCCUAGGCGAAAUAGUCCGAUUUCUCUUUUGCGAUAAAAAUUGGACGUAACUACUCAGGACAAAAGUUUAUGUGAUACUUGAAACGAUGUCAAGGCAGUAUACAGCUGAGGAUGUUAUCAACAGUUCUGCCUACUAUCUCCGCUAUUAAUGGUUGUCUACAUGUUUUAUGUUUAUU